CCCUCCCUGCCUGCCCCAGCUCCCGCAGCAGCCAUGGGGGUGCCGUGGGGGUCCCUGCCCAGGGCAGGGGGCUGUGCAGUGCUCUAGGGGGGGGGCUCCGUGCCUGCCCCCCGCCCACCCCAUCAUGCCCUUGCUGGAUUUCUUCUGGGCUUGCUUCCGAAGAGCCAAGAGUUUCACGUUGCUAGAAGAUAAGAAAGAUGCAGAAACUGAGGCCAGGAAAGCUUGUGAGUGGCUGCGGGCAGCAGGAUUCCCUCAGUAUGCCCAGCUCUAUGAAGACUCGUUGUUCCCUCUCGACAUCGGUGCUGUGAAGAAGGACCACAGCUUCCUGGACCAGGACUCCCUCAAAUCCCUGUGCAGGAGGCUGAUGACCCUGAACACGUGUGCCUCCAUGAAGCUGGAAGUCCACUUUCAGCAUAAACAGAAUGAAGACUCUGAGGAGGAAGACCUGUGUGCCAUCAGCAACCGGUGGGCUUUCCAGAGGGACAGCAAGAGGUGGUCCCGGGUGGGGUCCGUCGAUGUCCUCUCCCAGAGCUCUGAGGUCCUGAGCUCCAGCAUGCGGCCGGCGUCCAGCCACGAGAGCAUCCUCACAGACCUCAGCACCAACCCUGAGGCCGUGUCCCUGCACAGCAGCAGCAGCACAGGUGGCACGUUGGGCACUGGGGUCACACUACCUGUCCCCCUGUCCCCUCCCCGUCCCAUCGCUGCCUCCAGCCGCAGCUUGAGCGAGCGCUCCGAGCCGGAGCAGCCCCCGAGCCACGGCCAGGGCUCCAAGGAGAAGCUGAAGAAGCGAAGAUCUCGCAGCUUCCUGAAGAGGAUCGAGUCGCUCCGAAGGAAGGACAAGGAGAAAGCCAGCCCAGAUGAGAAGGUGGCCCCACAGGACAGCAUCUCGGCCACACCAGGAUGGGGCUCCCUGAAGGCGAACGUGGCGGCCACCAAGGCCGGCUCCCCCAAAAGAGGGGCAUCUGCCUCUUUCCAUGGCAAAAAACACUUCUUCUCGGUAUCCUACAGGACUAACCGCCUGCUGGGCUCAGGCAGGAGCAAGGGGAGCUCUGACUCCCGGCGUGGUGGGGUUUACCUGGAAGACUAUGGGGGGGCUGUGGCCAGUGGGGGCAGCUGGGCUGCAGGAGUCUGCCAGCGCCGGGGGGACUGCCGUGUCUACAUCCCCCGGGACCACAAACCAGGCACCUUCCCCAAAUCUCUUUCCAUCGAGAGCUUGUGUCCCUUGGGAGGCGGCUCCCUGGCCCACUGGAAAUCGGGGAAGGCGGCGGUGGGUCUGGGGGGUGGCAGCAGCAGCAGCGUUGGGGGCUUCUCCUGCCGCCGGGGCUCCUGCAGCUCGCUGGGCAGCCGGGUCAGUGUGUAUGACAACGUGCCCGAGUUCGGCAGCAGCGAGGACUUCUGCAAGGAGGACGAGGAGGUGACCUACGAGAACCUGGAUGACAUCCUGCAGCACAUGUGGGGGCUGCAGCAGAAGGUGGAGCUCUGGUAUAAAGCCAUCUCCCCGGACCUGGCUGGGGAGGAGCGGGGCGAGGAGGAGGAUGAGGAUGAUGAUGAGGAGUCAGACUCGGGAGGGGAACCCUCCAACCUGCACUUUGAGGAGCGGUCCAUGUCGGAUGUCGGCACCUCUGCCAGCGACUUCGACAGCACGGGCAACUCCCUCAACGAGGCCGAGGAGAUGGAGAUGCGGGAGCGCCGGGACUCCGGGGUGGGAGCGUCGCUCACCAGGCCCUGCAGAAAGCUGCGCUGGCACAGUUUCCAGAACUCGCACCGGCCCAGCCUGAACUCUGCCUCCCUGGAGAUCAAUCGCCAGUCCUCUGCCCAGCUCAACCUGCUCCAGAAGUGCUCCCUGCUCCGCCUCACGGCCAUCAUGGAGAAGUACUCCGUGCCCCACAAGCAAGCCUGGACGUGGACUGUGCCCAAGUUCAUGAAGCGCAGUAAAGUCCCCGACUACAGGGACAAGGCUGUUUUUGGGGUGCCCCCCAUCAUCAACGUGCAGCGGACGGGGCAGCCGCUGCCGCAGAGCAUCCAGCAGGCCAUGCGCUACCUCCGCAGCCGCUGCCUCGACCAGGUCGGCAUCUUCCGUAAGUCAGGGGUGAAGUCCCGGAUCCAGGCUCUGCGGCACAUGAAUGAAACCAGCCCCGAGCACGUCAGCUACGAGGGGCAGUCUGCCUACGACGUGGCUGAUCUGCUGAAGCAGUAUUUCCGUGACCUCCCGGAGCCCAUCUUCACCACCAAGCUGACAGACACCUUCCUGCAGAUCUACCAGUACGUGUCCAAGGAGCAGCGGCUGCAGGCGGUGCAGGCAGCAGUGAUCCUGAUGCCAGAUGAGAACAGGGAGGUGCUGCAGACACUGCUCUACUUCCUGAGUGACAUCGCCUCUGCCGAGGAGAACCAGAUGACUGCAGGGAACCUGGCUGUCUGCCUGGCCCCCUCCAUCUUCCAUCUCAACGUGUCCAAGAAGGAGAGCACCUCGCCGAGGGUGAUACACAAGAGGGGCACCAUGGGGAAGCCUGACCAGAAGGACCUCAAUGAGAACAUGGCUGCGACACAGGGGCUCUCCCACAUGAUCACCGACUGCAAGAAGCUCUUCCAGGUCUCCCAUGACAUCUUGCUCCAGCUGAGCAGCUCCUACAUGGCAGCAGACGCUUACCCUCAUCCUCUGGCUGACUUUGUGUGCCAGGCAGAAAGCAAGGAUUUGCAUUCCUACUUUGAGCAGAGUGUCCAGAACCUGCUCAAAGAGUCGUCAGAGAAGUUCAAGGGGUGGCUGAGCACCCCGGGGCCCCUGAACACAGAGCUCUCCUGCAAAAAGGUUGGGGAUGGUCACCCUCUGCGUUUGUGGAAGGUCUCCACGGAGGUGGAGGCCCCCCCAGCCAUGGUGCUGCACCGGGUGCUUCGGGAGCGUCACCUCUGGGACGAGGACCUGCUGCAGAGUCAAGUGGUGGAGGCUCUGGACAAGGACAUGGAGGUUUAUCACUACGUGACAGACAGCAUGGCACCCCACCCCCGCCGGGACUGCGUGGUGCUCCGGCGCUGGUGCACGGACCUGCCCCGGGGAGCCUGCCUGCUCAUCUCCAUCUCUGUGGAGCACGACAAGCUGCUGGUGGAGGGGGGAGGUGUCAAAGCCAUCAUCCUGAUGUCCCAGUACCUCAUCGAGCCCAGUGCCAUGGGACGCUCCAAAGUGACCCACAUCUGCAGAGCUGACCUCAGGGGCCGCUCUCCCGAGUGGUACAACAAGGUUUUUGGGCACCUCUGUGCCAUGGAGCUGGCCAGGAUCCGAGACUCCUUCCCAGCCCUGAGUCCCAGCGGCCCCGAGACGAAGAUCUGAGGUGGUGGGGAGAUGAUGGAUGCUCGGUCCUGUCAGACGUGGACUUGCUGUGGACACGGGCUGGGGCUGUCAGAGGGCAGCAGGGUGGAGGGGGCAGAGGCUGGUGUGCAGACACAGCUGUAUCAAUGUCCUUUAACCCUGGUCUGGGCACUCUGUCCCACUGCUCCAGCCACCCCUCGUGCAGCAGGUUGGCCACAGAGGUGAAUCAUGGAGCCCCUGGUCCCCACAGGAGGGGUCAGAGAGCAGAGGGAAAGCAGGGGGCUGGGGGGAGCCCCUCGGGAGGGCAGGUGGUGCAAGCAGGGGUGAAGGUGUGUGGAGGUGCAGGAGCAGCCAAGGGGAGGAUGGAGGGGUAGCUGCAGGGUGCAGCGUGGGGAUGUGAGGGGAGGGAUGGGUGUAGGAUGUCACCCAGUGGGGACAGCCAGGGAGGCAUCCUGACCUGGUGAGGUGGUGGUGGAAGAGGCUGCUGUUCAGGGAGGAGGGGGCUACACACCCCGAGUGCCAGCCCUCUCAGGUGGCAGAAGGAGCCCGGUGCACCUUUGGUGCUGAAUUUCACAGAAGACAAAGCCCCGUGGUCCUGGGUCUCUCUCCCCUCUCUAGUGCACCAGGAGUCAGUGGGGGCUGGAUGGGCAAUGGUCCACACCAAACCUGUCCCUCAAAACCAUCCCAGCCAUCAUUUGGAGGGCACAGACGUGUCUGUGUGCUUGGCUAUGAGCUGAGAAGGAGCAAUGUGUCCCCAGAGUGGUUACAAGGAGGUGGGGUGGCAGGGAGGAGGGGGUGUCCUGGGGUCACUGCUCUUUGGUGGCAGAACCCUUGACCUCCUGGGUACAGAGCUGUUCCCUGAUAAGGUAUCCAUUCCCUUCCAUCCCUCCCUUUCCUCCCUGGAGAACCCAUCCACCCUGACUGCCAGUGCCCAGGAACUGACCUGGUUUCUCCGUUCAGGCAGGGACCCAACUCACCAGACCUCGUUCCAACUGGAA